AUGGCAGGUCAUUGUAUAGAUACUCCCAAUCUACGUCCAAUAGCAGAAAAGGUUGCGAAGGAAUGUAAAGGCAUACCUAUUGCUAUAGUUACUGUUGGAAGAGCUCUAGAAAACAAGAGAAAGAAUGAGUGGGUUGCUGCACUUCAACAGCUUAGAAAGUCUAUCUCAAAAAAUAAUUCAGUCAGAUUUGGAGUGGGACAAAGGUUAUUUGCAAAGAUUGAUAAGGUGGCAGAAGCAAGAAAUAGAGUCCAUGCAAUGGUUGACAAUCUUAGAAGAUCAUCUCUUUUGUUGGAUAGUGACGAAGAAGAAUGUGUGAAAAUGCAUGAUGUUGUACGGGGUGUUGCCAUAUCAAUUGCUAAUGGACAUGUCCUUCAGAACCUUCAGACAUUGCUUCUGGAGUAUUGUGAGAUAAAAGAUGUGUCAGCAAUUGGAGCACUUGGGAAACUUGAAAUGCUUAGCUUUCUUGGUUCUGAAAUCAAGGAGUUGCCCAGAGAAAUAGGAAAUCUGAGUCAUUUAAAUUUGUUAGAUCUGUCAAAAUGCUCUGCUCUUCAGCGCAUUCCACCUGGUCUACUAUCAAGUUUAUCCAGACUAGAAGAGUUGUACAUGGGAAAUGUCUCUGUCAUGAAUUGGGAACCAACGGAAGGCAAUAGAGAGGGAGCCAAUGCAAGCCUUGCUGAACUAAGGUCUUUCUCUGAUUCUUUGAUGGCUUUACGUCUUCAUAUUCCAAACAUCAAUUUUGGCAACUAUUCUACUUUCUGGAACACAACUGGGUAUAUAUUUAAAAGUAGUUUGGUACUUGAAGGAUUUGUUGCAAGUGAUAUUGCGGAGAGUCAGAUACCUCGUCUAUUGUUACAGAAAUCUGAACUUGUAGUUUUGAGAGGAAUAAAAGACUUUGAAAACAUUCUCUACAAGUUAGACGAAGAGGGUUUUCCAUGCUUGGAGCUUCUAAGCAGUUCAUACAGUGAAGAUGUAGAAUACUUAAUUGAUGCCACAUCAUAUCAGACUCCUCGUGUUGCCUUCCCUAUCUUGCAGACAUUGAUACUCAGGGAAUUGCCUAAUUUAAAAGAGAUUUAUCAUAGCCAAAUCCCACAGAGAUCCUUUAGUGGUACACACUCACAGCUUGCUUGUUUUGGCAACCUCAAAUCUCUUCAUCUAAGUGAAUGCAAGAGGUUGAAAAAUGUGUCUUCAUUGUCCAUAGCGAGAGGUUUGGUUCAACUCCAGAAGUUACAUAUAGGUUUUUGUGAUGACAUGGAAGAAAUUUUUCACAAGGAAGGAGAAGAUGAGAAGGUUAGAAGGAUAGACACUACUGGAUCCUUUCCUGACUCAACACCCAUCUCUCAUAAAUUCUUUUCAUCCAAGACCAUUUUGUGGCAACCUAAUGUAAAAGAACUUUCAUUGUUGAAUGCAAAUGAACAUUUAGAAGUGGUAUUUGAUCUUGAAGGACAGAAGGACGACAAUGACCAUCAAAGAAUCGCAGGUAUUCUGACAAAGGAUCCAAAAGCUAAUGAUGUCGACAACAACUCCAAGACAUGGUCUCUUUUUCCAUCCCAUUUUAUUGUGUGCUUAAAGAAUCUAAAAACAAUUGAAUUGAGUAACCGUGAUUCACUGGAAGUUAUAUUUCAACUUGAGGAGCUAAAUGUUGAAGAAAGUCACAUGGCACCAAUGCUUGAUCAGUUAAGGAAAUUGGAUCUAAGUGAUUUACCAAAACUGAUGCACAUAUGGAAGAAGGGCCCAGAGAGGAUCAUGGGCUUUAGGAACUUGAGAUUGUCAGAUGUAUCGAGAUGUAACAGUUUGACAUAUUUGUUCUCACCAUCCAUAGCAAAAUUUCUUGUAAUGUUAGAGAAAAUAAGAGUUGUUGACUGUGAAAAAAUUGAAGAAAUCCUUGCAAGAGCAGGAGAAGAAAAGGAAGAAAAGGAAAGACACUUGGCACCAGUACUUGAUUAG